CGAUGUCGAAGCUGUUUGGUCCUGUAUUCCUUGCUGCGACUGUUAAACAAACACGCAAUAUUAAAGCAGCUUAAAUUGUGGGAGGAAGAAUUUCAAUCGUGCUGUGUUGUUAACCUAGGUCAGACACAUCACUCCGCACAACCCUCCGCCGCUUUGGCAAUAGCGCAGAGACUAGCUCACAACUGUGCUCUUCCUUCCUCUGCUGCACUCUCCCCAUUCACCCUCCACAACUAUCUAGGUGUAUCUCUGCCACCUUUCAGUCUAAAUGUCAUUCCCAGCUUCUCAGCCUCUACGGCUGGACCCUCCAUCCAAGAUUGCGAUCCCACGGCUUGCGAGACGGCCAGACGACGACAAAACGCCUGGUCAGCGCAGAUCCAGCAGGACACCCAGGGCUUCCAUAGCAUGCACAGGCUGUCGAACUCGCAAAAUAAGAUGCAAUGGAGCGCAGCCACGAUGCCAGAACUGUUUAGCAACCGGUCAGGUUUGCUUUUACACGCAGGGUCGCAGAGAUCGUCUCAAAAUAUCCACCGAGCAGAAUCAGUGUAUGAUUGCAAUGCUGGAGUAUUUGAAAGGCCGUGUUACAGAGCGCGAUAGACAGCUGAUAAGCGACCUGCUGGCGCAAGUCGUAGACGAUGUUUCGGAGGCCGCUUCGUCAUUGAACCUCUCGCACUCCUCCCACGAUGAUACCCAAAACGAAGCCAGUACAUCUGCUGAAGUGGGCUCUAAUGGAGAUAUGGACAUUUUGGAAGAGGACGUCCUGCAAACAGAAACGAGCCGAGCAACUGGAUUUGUCGGAAAGAGCUCGGAGGUGCGAUGGCUGAGGCGUUUGCAACAAGACACCGAGCGUCCUGAUGAUGCCGCGUCUCAUCUAGAAGGUCCCUACGGGCCUCCUGGAGAUAACACAGAAGCUGCUGUCCAGCGCACGGAGGUGUGGGUACAGCGCCAACGGCAAGACUCAAGCGUUCGAGCGCAAACUAUUGCGUCGACUUUCUAUCUAGAUGGCAAUGAUACAGAGGUCAACCGCACGGUCAACCCAUUCGAACUGCCACCUCGUGAAACGGCGCAGAGGCUUCUGGACGGAUACUUCGCUACGGUUCAAGAUUCGUUUCCCGUACUUUCGGAGAUAGUUUUCAAACGUCAAUUUGAGCAACAUUACACCUCCGUAUUGCGGGGAAUACCUUCUACUGUAUCGCAUGAAUGGCUUACAAUACUAAACCUCGUUUUUGCUAUCGGGGCAAGGUACUCGCAGCUAACAUAUGCAGACGUGCAAACAAAUGGUCGGGACCACCAUAUUUACUGGUCUCGCGCGUAUGUAUUGGGUCUAGAUGGAUAUUCUUUGGUUGCUCAUCCAGAUCUAAUGCAGAUCCAAAUCACAGCUCUUGUUGCGUUUUACUUCCUCUGCAUUGGGCAUGUAAAUAGGGCCUGGGUUAUUGUAGGCUCCUCUCUCCGUUAUGCACAUGCGCUUGGACUGCACGUACGAAACGAGGACAAAACGGUUACCAUGUCCGAAAAAGAAAUACUGUUGAGGAUGUGGUGGAGCCUAUACUCCAUCGACAGAACCAUCAGUACUAUAGUCGGCCGGCCAAGCUUCGUAAUCAAAGAAUAUUGCUCGGUGCCAUUGCCACUACCGUUGACGACGGAGCAGUUAUUAGACGAAGACUUGACUAAUCAGAUCCACGAGCGAUACGGAGGGCCCAGGUCUUGGUAUGACACUUCUCGCGCAGCUUCGGCAACCGGCGAGCCUUCCAAUGUAGGCUCAUUCUUGAAGGCCAAUGUACAGAUUGGCCUGAUUACCCAGGACGCUAUGGCUGAACUGUACUCGGCCAAGGUAGUCGCAAAGUCCUGGAAACAGGCGCAGCAGGCAAUAACCGACUUAUGUGAACAACUGGAAGCAUGGUUAUCCUCUCUACCAUCCAGUCUCAACUUUUCCCAGCCCAGCUCUAGUACCAGCCUCCAACGGGAAAGGUUAGUGCUGCAAAUGCAGUAUAUGGGAACCAAAAUCCUGAUCACUCGGCCUUGUCUGUGUAGGCUGGAUAAACGCAUGCCAAACCAGUCGAAGUCUUCAGACCACUUCAACAAGCACUCUGCCCAGAUCUGCGUCGAUGCUGCAGUGGCAGUGGCAGGCCUUUUACCGGGAGAAGUCGAUGUGACCUACCUGUACAAAUCCGGGCCAUGGUGGUCUAUAGUACAUAAUCUUAUGCAAGCUCUCGUAGUGUUGCUGCUGGAGAUGUCUUAUGGUGCUGUUCAUUUCACCCACGGAAGCAGGCAGAUCUCGACGCCCAUCAAGAAGCUACUUGAUUGGUUGAGAACGAUGUCAAAUGACAACGACACAGCAAAACGAGCCUACGACAUGGCCUUUGCAGUAUUGCAAAGGCUAGCAUCAAAGUUCAACGUAGAUAUAUCCGAACUUUUACGGGAGGACACCGCUCAAACUAGGCAUCCAGCUGCGUUCCAUUUGAACCAGCAACCUGCAGUCGGCCCCCACGGACAGGAAGACUCAGUCCCGCCUACAGAACAGGCCCAAGCAUUGGGAGAACAGGGGAUGUAUGCUAGUGAUUUCUAUGUAAACCAGCCUGGCUACGCAUCGAUGUUCGGAGUUCCGGCAGUACAGCCCCAGAACAGCUCAUGGAUGGUGGGGCCGACAGAUGCCGGAGGAGCAUUACUCCCAGAUGUUUCUCAGGCUGAUGCAAUGUUUGGCAAUCCCUUCGUGACUAGUUACGACGAGGAGAAUCCUGUUACAUUUGACGAAGAUCUCUUUGGGAUGUAUGCCGUUAGUCCUAGGUUUCGCUAUCAGUAA